UGCGUAACAGUGCAGCUACGUAACCACGUAACAACAUGCGGGUCGUGUUUAUUGGUUUCAGAGUUUUAUACUAAGAGAAAACGUUUCUUUUAAAAACCUUAUUUUAUGGUUUUCCCUCAUUUUUACAUCCUCUGUUUACUCUUCGACGCACAGGAAACGUCAGGAUGCCCGUUCUGUGCAGCAGCUGCUCUGAGAAGCGCGCCGUGCUGAAGCGUCCUAAAACCGGCCACUCGCUGUGCAAGGCCUGCUUCUUCUGGGCCUUCGAGGAGGAGGUUCACCACACCAUCGUAACGGCGAAGCUCUUCAAACCCGGGGAGACCGUGGGGGUGGCUGCGUCGGGCGGGAAGGACUCCACGGUGCUCGCUCACGUCAUGAAGCUCCUGAACCAGAGGCACGGCUACGGACUGGAACUCAUGCUCAUCUCCGUGGACGAGGGCAUCACCGGUUACCGUGACGAUUCGUUGGAGACGGUGAAGAGGAACCAGCAGCAGUACGACCUGCCGCUGAAGAUCGUCUCGUACGAGGAGCUGUACGGCUGGACCAUGGAUGCUAUAGUGAAGCAGGUGGGACUGAAGAACAACUGCACCUUCUGUGGCGUGUUCAGGAGGCAGGCGCUGGACAGAGGAGCCGUCAUGCUGAAGGUGGACAAGAUCUGUACAGGUCACAAUGCCGACGACGUGGCAGAAACAGUUUUAAUGAACGUCUUGCGUGGGGACAUCGCCCGCCUGCGUCGCUGCACAGCCAUCUCCACAGCCAGCGAGGGCGACGGCGUCGUGCCUCGCUGCAAACCCCUCAAAUACGCCUACGAGAAAGAGAUCGUUCUCUACGCCUAUUUUAAGAAACUGGACUAUUUUUCUACAGAGUGCAUCUACUCGCCCAACGCCUACCGAGGCUACGCCAGGACCUUCCUGAAGGACCUGGAGAGUAUACGGCCCAGCUCCAUCAUGGACAUCAUCCACUCUGGGGAGAACCUGUCUGUGCGUGACGGCGUGAAGAUGCCCGUCCAGGGAACCUGCAGCCGCUGUGGCUACAUCUCCAGCCAGGCGCUCUGCAAGUCGUGUGUGCUGCUGGAGGGCCUGAACCGCGGCCUGCCGAAGCUGGGCAUCGGGAAACACCACCGCCUGCAUGAGAAGCUCCUCUCCCAGCAGCCUCUGACGGAGAGCGAGCAGAGGAAGCUGAAACCAGUGGACUUCUGAUCAUUCGCCAUCACAUUUAGGAGCCAUUAUUAGUCUGAACAGUGAAGAAGGUUUCCAUAAACUGAAAAACUCCAUUAUUUAAAAAAUGACUUUCCUCUGAUGUCCAACAGACAAAUGGGUUAUUUAGGUGUUUUCUUAUGCCGUCUGUUUCUUAACGAGACAGAAAAUAAGGUUCCAGGUCUGUGGAUUUGGAUGUUUUUAGAACAAUGCUUUGAUCUGAUUAUUAAAACAUCUUUUUUUUCUGAACAGGGUUAAUCUGGUUGUUUGGUAUCCAGCCCUUUCAUCUGGUUCCAACCGGUUUAUACUCGCUUUGACAGCGAAUCCUUUAUAAAGAUGUCAAUCGUUAUGAAGAAGCAACCAGGCAAAUAAAAUUAAAACCAUAUGCAUGAAAAACGGUUUAAACACGAGGCUUAAAUGACAAAGAUGUUUAUGAAAUACAA